UGUGUCCGUGGGGCAUGAUGGGCGCCUGUGUCUCCCGUGGGUCUAUUUCCGGGCAACCCGUGCGCCUCCGCGCGUGCCGUGAGUCUGUGUGUGUCCGUGUCGCGGCGGAGGGUGGGCAGGGGGCUGGCCCGGCGAGCGGGCCCUUACCCGGUGUUGGGCAACAUGCUUCCUGUGGGACUGGCGUGCGGCGCGGAGCAGUGGUGGGCCGAUGGAGGACUCCUGGAGAAGAGUGGCAGCAGGCGCUGAUUCUCCCGCUCAGGCGGAAGUGGCGGCAACGGAGAAGCAGCAGCUGCGGCGGCGGCAGCGGCGGCGACGGCAACGGCGGCAGCGGCGGCGACCAAGGCGGCGGCUGCGACCAGAGAAGGGGCAAGGAGUCGGGCACUGAAGCUCGUAAACGAGUGAAGCUCGGCCUGGGACUCCCGGGGUCAGCAGUGACAGGAGAUAAACUUGGGGAGGGUGGAGGUGAGGUUGUGUGACCUUUAAGGUUAAGUCCCACGGCCGCCUUUCCCUGUACAAAGGUCACAAGACUCGCAGAGCCCGGAUGAUGAUGUUAAAUCUGCUGCAGCAGCAGCGGGAGCGGCGCGCUCCCGCCGCGCGCCACCCCACCCGACCCAGGCUCGCGCUCCCAGGCCAGGAGGAGGAGCAUGCGUCAAUCCGUUCCCCAGCGGUCUACGGCUGGCUCCGUGGGCCCUGCGCCCGGCCGGCCCAGCCAGCCAGCCCGCUAGCGCGCGCGCCUCGCGAGGCAGCCCCCGUCUACUCUGGCCCCGCCCCUGGUCGCGCGGGCACUUAACUUACCUUAACAAUCGGUCUCCCCGCUGACGUCCGCGUUCCAGGCGCGUAGGCCCCCUCGCGCGGCUGAGCGCGAUCACAGGCACCAGAAUCCCGGCUGCCUGGCGCGCCACACCCCCAGCCCCGCCCUCCUUCUCCCGCCCCGGGGCUCUUCCUCUUUCUCCGGGUUUUCUCUCUGGCCAAGGUAGCUGGGGAAGGGCUAGAACCGACCAAAGUCAGGAUCGGGGGUCAUCGGGUGGGAAAAGGGACAGGAGAAAGAACGAGGGCAAAGGGAGAAGGGACCGGGAGGGAAACGACUUUAGCUGUCAGAGUUAGGGCUCCCACUCUCCGCGGGGGGGGGAGGGGGUCGUCUUCCGAUUCCUGUGCCGUGCUCGGUUGCCUCAGCUGUCAAAAGAGUUGGUCUAGCGCAGAAAUCCUUAACCCAGGCUUUAUGAACUUAAACUUUUUUUUGAUAAUUUAUUAAAAUACAAUUGAUUUCCUCUGCGUUUUGUGUUAGGCAGAGUCUGAAAAAAGGAUCUCUUAGGUCCCCAGUUGCCACAAGGGAGGAAUCUUUAAAUUCCAUCCCAGCUUGAAAUUCAGUAACUUUUAGGAAGCUCGUGGACAAACUAGGGGGUGUCUGGAGUAGGGCAUCUCAGAGGUUGGAUUCGGAAAUCAUAUUUAAAAAGUUGAAGGAAAUGACAAGUGUUUUUCAGCUUGGAGAAGAGAUUUGAUUGCUGCCUUCAAAUUUUUAAUAGGCCAUUGGGAUAGAAACAGAUGAAUUCUGGGUUACUCCACUGUAGGAGAGCAUAGAGGUGUUUUCUAUGCUGGGAGUUCCCUGAAUCAAUGAAAUCAAUGAAAAAUCCAGAACUACCCUCACUCCCCCUUCCCACCCCCAAAAUAGAUGGUAAUUGUGAAGAAACAUUAAGAAAAUAUACAAUUAAAAGCAAUCAAGACUCGAUUGUUUUAUUAGGUAGUCGAUAUAUUCCUUCAAAAGCUAAACCUCGUAUAUCAUGAUCUCCCUUUAGAUCACAAAUGUAGGAUUGAAAAGGGCCUCAUUUUACAGAUAUGAAAACUAAGGUAAUGGAGGUUAGGCUACUUGACAACAAAGGUCACAGAAGCAUCAGAGAUGAGAUUAUGAAUCCAGUGUUUUGAUUGUUAGAGUCAGUCUUUUCACUAUACAUACUGUACCAUUGGGUGGAAUGUUGACCCUUUUCAGGGAUCCAGUAAUUUUUUUUUUCUUUUAGCUACACUAUUCUGUUUCUUUUCUUUUUCUGCUGACCCCUUCUUAAGCUUCCCUAUUUCAAUCUUUCUGAUUGGGGAUUUGUGCUUUUAUCUACAUUUUCCUAUCUCAUGCAUCUUUAACUGUUCUUUUUAUGUAGAUGUGACUCAAAUCUAUGUUCUAAACUCCUGUCUCAUGCUUUCAGUUCUCCAUUUCUUCACUGAUAAACCUCAAAAUCAAAGUGACUAAAAUUAAACAUCUUCCAUUUAUCCUUCCUAUCCAGUUUCCUUUUCUUAAAUAGUAAACUUAGCAUUUAUUAAGCACCUACUAUAUACCAGGUACUGUGCAAAAUACUAGGGAUGUCAAAAAAGGUUAAAAGCCAGUUCCUGUUCUCAAAGAACUUAGAGUGUAAGGAGGAAGACAACAUACAACUAUGUGCAAGCAAAUAAUUCAUAUUAGUUUGAGGUAACCAACAGAGGUAAGAGACUAGCAUUAAAGGAAAUAAGAGAUGACUUCUUGUAGAACGUAAAACUUAAGCUGGGAUAUGAAGGAAGCCAGGGGAGCCAGGAGAUAAUGAUGAGAGGCAGAGCAUUCUAGGAAUGGGGGACAACUAAUAAAAAUUCAAAGCCAGGAAGGAACAGCAAGGAGGCCAGUGUCACUGGAAUACAAAUUAUAUGGCAUUGAGUAAAAUAUAAGACUGGGAAGGUAAGAGAGGCAGGUUAUAAAGGGCCCAAUAGAGGACUUUUUAUCCUAGAAGUAAUAAGAAGCCACAAGAAAUUAUUGAAUGGGGAUGGCACAGUUUGGGGUGGGGAGGAGAUGAGGGAUAACAUGGUCAGAUAUGUGCUUUAGGAAGAUCAGUUUGACAACUGAACAGAAAGUGGGUUGGAGUGGAGAGAGACCUGAUGCAAAAGACCAUCCAGAAGACUAUAUUACAGAAGUACAGCACAGACUGAAAGACUCACACAGGAGAUAUGCACAGAGAUUGUUGGGAAGAGAAUGCUGUGAUUGCAGUUUGAAGGAGAAGGGAGCAGAAGAAAUGGUCACUGGGGUAACAGAGUAAAGAAAGGUGAUUGGCUGUGGCUGGUGUUGAGUACAACUGGACUCCACAAUGACUGUUGGCAUUCUUGUCCACUGAGGGAUGCUUACAUCAUAUGACAUCACAUGACAAGAAUAUGAGGUGCCAAAGAGGAGGAAGGGAGAAAGGGGCAAAGACUCAGCUAUCAUAAAGAACAACUAUCCAACAGAUCAACUGAAGCCAUACAUACAUUUUGAGUUAUCUUCCCCUCUCACAUUCUACCAAGAUCAUAGAGUGGAGCUGCAAA